ACAUCGAUCGAUUAUUGUAGGCUUUACAGUAACUUUCAAAUCGUUUAUAUUUUUUUAUUUGAUACUGUUAAUGUAAAAUUCCGAUAAAAUACCAAGUAAUUUGAAAUAUCGAUUGUGAGCGAUUUUGAAUAAUUCAUGUUUUUGGAGGCAAUUUAAAGUUCAAUUAAAUAACAUUGUAAUUUGAACAAUUUAACGAAAUGAGCCACAAUAGUAAUAUUACAAUUGAUUUAAAACCUUAUUUGCAUACUUCGACGCAAUCUACCAGCCAGUCUAAUGGACAAAAGAAGAAAAAAAGAAAUAAAAGACCUUAUGUCAAAACAAAACCUGAUCGUUCCAAUGUAGAAACUAUAAGCUAUCAAAAACUAGUUGUUCCUAAACGCAUGCAUAGCCCAUAUUGGAAAUAUUUUGGCUUUCCAGCAUCUGAUAAUGGAACAAUUCUUACACAAGAUCGAAUAAUAUGUAUCUUGUGCAAAAAGCAAUUUGCAUAUAAAAGCAACACUACUAAUUUACGGGUACAUUUGCAAAGUCGACAUAAAUCAGAAUUAAUGGUACUAGAAAUGAUUUCAACUAAAGAAGGAAGUUCAAAGAAAAAACAUGGAAAGAAUGAACUUAUGUUAAUAGCCUCUUCUGAAGGAAAUGUAGAUAUCAAUAGAUCAAAUUAUAGAGGAAAACAAGUAAAACUUGAACAACAACAAGAUGUGUAUAUACAAAAUGAAAUGCAUGAUAGUUAUGAAGGAGAUAGUGUUGGUAAUUUGCAUGAACAAACUCCUCAAGUAUCUGUUAUAUUUCAAGAUGUUGAUAAUACUUCAUGUGAUAUGGUUAAUAAAGUUGUUUCUGAUGCAAUAACUGAAUUCAUAAUUACUGAUUUGCAAUUACCAGACAUUGUUGAAGGGAAAGGUUUUCAGCGUUUAAUUGCUACACUUAGAUCGCCUUGUGAAAUACCAGGAAAGUAUAAAUUAGAGCAAGAUAUAAUUCCAAGAAUUUAUGAAACAUCUCGAGCUGCUGUACUUAAUACUAUAGCAAAUAGUUGUAGUACAUAUGCUCUUGGAAUUGAAGAAUGGACCUGUUCUAAUUCUAAUACCUAUAUUACCAUAAGUGUUUUUUUUCAACAAUUGGAUAAAGAAGGCCUAUGCAUUAAACAGCUAGGUACAAUUCUAUGUAAUCCUAACACAACUGCUAAUGAAUGGUGUGGAAUACUGGGUUCAUUAUUUGUCAAUUGGAGUAUAAAUAUUGAACAUGUAAAAACUGUUAUAACAGCUUUCACAAACUCCAAUUUAGAAGCAGCUUUACUUACACAAGGAUUUAUUCUGAUACCAUGUCUUAUACAUGAAUUACAAAAAUUAUGUACCAAGUUCUGUUUUGAAACAAAAGAAGUAUUAGAAGUUUUGAAUAAAUGUAGAACAGUAUCAGCUAAAUUACAUCAUCAUAAUGCACUGACAUCUGUAACUGUACAAGAUAAUAUUGUUCAAGUAUUUAAUUCUUUUUUAAGUCGAGAGUAUCCACAAAUUUGGACAACAACUUAUCAUUUCCUUGAGCGUUUUAUGCAACGUAAAGAAACUAUUAAAACGUUAUGCAACAAUCUUGAAGUAGAAUUUUUUCCACAUGAAACAUUAACUGAUAAAGAUUGGUGUGUAAUUGAAGAUGUUGUUACAACUCUUGAACCAUUAAAAGUUACAGUUACAACUCUGAGUGAAGAAAAAAUACCUUUAAUAUCAUUAUUAAAACCUCUAAUUAAUCAACUAACUAGUCACCAUUUAAAAGUUAAACCUGAAGAUUCACCACUAGCUGCAAAUUUAAAAAAUACAUUUGCUAAUGAAUUACAUUGGAAGUACAAUGAUAUAACUGUACAGACAUUUCUACAUGUUUCAACAUUAUUAGAUCCCCGUUUUAAAGAUUUUCCAAUGAAUGAAGGCGAAGAACAUUUACCUACUAUUAAACAAGAACUAGUUAAGAUGGUAGAAUCUGAAGGAUCAGUAGCAUACGAUGAAAAAACAUGUUCAAAUAUUGAAGAAAAUAAUCCUCAAAAAAAAAACAGAGUGUCAGGAAUUGGCUUUUUACUAGGAAGUGUAGCAAGUGUUAAAAGUGCACCUGUUAUCAAUAAACAAAACAUGUCACUUGAGGAUCGACUUAAUUUAGAGAUUGCACAAUAUGAAUCUGAACAAACUCCAUGUCUUGAAGAAUGUCCUCUCCAGUGGUGGUCACGUAUGUUAUCCAAGUGUCAAAAUUUAAUUCGACUUGCCAAAAAACAUUUUGUUUAUGCUCUUAGUGGAUCAUCAAGUAAAUUGCCACUAGAAUCUCAAAUUUCAUAUUACAUUAGGCGAUCUCAAAUUAAUCAAGAACUUGUGGAUAAAAUGUUAUUUAUUAAUGCUAAUACAGCCGAAAAUAAUUGUUAACUAAAUAGUUUAUUAUUUAAGUAUUAUUGUAUGACAAUUGUUUUUUGAGAAUACAUAUAUAAAAAUUGUAGUUUUAGUGAAAUCUGUUUGUAUUAGUAUCUCGAUUAAAUGUAUAAUUUUGAAUUUUUAAGUACUAAUGCUUUCAUGAACUUUUCAAAUUUUUAUACUAUAAUUACUUUUAGAUAUUCAAGACCUAAUGUAUAAAAAUGUCCAUUGAACUAUGAUUAAUAAAAUUAAAAACCAAGUUAAUGUCUCCUUAUACAUUAAAAUGGUCAUAUUAAUUA